AUGGCCUUGGAUCAGUGGUCCUUCCUCCAGAUGCCACCCAACAUCUCCAUCCCCGAACCCCUGCAGUACGACAGCUACAUCCAGGGGAACGAGUCCGACCUGGACCUGAACAUCACCGAGACCAGGGAGACUCACCAGGACAAGACCAGCUCGGUGGUCAUCACCUUCAUCUACUUUGUGGUGUGCGCUGUGGGGCUGUGCGGCAACACCCUCGUCAUCUACGUGAUUCUGCGCUACGCCAAGAUGAAGACGGUGACCAACAUCUACAUCUUGAACCUGGCCGUGGCGGACGUCCUGUGCAUGAUGAGCCUGCCGUUCAUCGCCAUGCAGCUGGCGCUGGUGCACUGGCCCUUCGGAGAGGUGCUGUGCAGGGUGAUCAUGACCGUAGACUCUCUGAAUCAAUUCACCAGUAUCUUCUGUCUAACGGUAAUGAGUAUCGAUCGCUAUCUGGCCGUGGUCCAUCCUAUUAAAUCCACGAAAUGGCGGAAGCCCCGCGUGGCCAAGCUCAUCAACCUGACUGUCUGGGGCGUGUCGCUGUUAGUAAACCUACCGACAAUGAUCUUCAGCGGCUUGAACAAAGUCCCGGUGUGCGGGAUCGUGUGGCCGGAGCCCCAGGACGUCUACUACACCGCCUUCAUGUUCUACACCUUCUUCGUUGGAUUUUUCCUCCCCCUGGCGGUCAUAUGUCUGUGUUACCUGCUCAUUAUCGUCAAGGUGAAGUCGUCCAGCAUACGCGUGUGCUCCACCAAGCGCAAGCGUUCAGAGCGCAAGGUGACCCGCAUGGUGUCCAUCGUGGUGGCGGUGUUCGUCCUCUGCUGGCUGCCCUUCUACGUUUUCAACGUCACCUCGGCCACCAGCUCCAUCAAGCCCACGUCGGCCGUGAAGAGCACCUUUGACUUCGUGGUGGUGCUGGGCUACGCCAACAGCUGCGCCAACCCCAUCCUGUACGCCUUCUUGUCGGACAACUUCAAGAAGAGCUUCCAGAACGUCCUGUGUCUGAAAAAGGUGGCGGGCCUGGACGAGAUCGAGCGCAGCGACAGCCGGGCGGACAGGAGCAGGAUGGUGAACGACGCCAUGAUUAACAACGUCAAUUUGGAGACCCACAAUGCCGCGCUGCUCAACGGCGAGCUGCAGACCAGUAUCUGA